AACUGGGAGAAAAAGAUAGUAUUGAAGAUGGUGCCGCUCCACCUAAAGGACCUACAAAUGAAGAACCACCGGCUCUACUUGUUGAUAUUGGAAACGAUGAGAAGAACAGAAAGAAUGGAAAAUCCCGAUUUGUACCUGGGGACACGCAUUCACAGGAUCUUAGUAAUCUUGCUGAUAGACCAAUAGGAAAAUUCUCCGGCAGCUCCGACGGCGAAAGUCAUAAAGCAGCAUUAAUGGCAGUAUCAAAGAACGGAAAGAAUGGAAAAACCCCGCGUUCACCUAUUGAAGUAGGAGCGCAUAGAAGUGAUCUUAGCAGUGAUGUUGAAAAACCAAUAGGAAAAUACGUCGAAAGUCAAAUGAUAGACUCACCAGCGGAAGAAGGACAUUUCGAAACUAGAAUCACGGAAUAUAAAGAUGAACAUGGUGUUACUCAAAUCAAAAAAGAACAGAUUUUUAUUCCUGAAGUUAAAACAAUUACUACUGUUCAUGAAGAAAAUAUUUAUAUUGAUUCACCUGAUAUUCAACGAACUCAAAUUACCCAAGGCGGACAUCAAAUUAGCCAAGUUGGACAUCAAAUUAGCCAAGGCGAACAUCAAAUUAGCCAAGGUGGACAUCAAAUUAGCCAAGGUGGACAUCAAAUUAGCCAAGGUGGACAUCAAAUUAUCCAAGGCGGACAUCAAAUUAGCCAAGGUGAACAUCACAUUGGCCAAGGCGGACAUCACAUUGGCCAAGGCGGACAUCACAUUGGCCAAGGCGGACAUCAACUUAGCCAAGGUGGACAUCAAAUUAGCCAAGGUGGACAUUUAGUUAGUCAAGUUACAAGAGAUGAAUCAGUUACUCAUGAGUUACCAGCUAGUCAAAGUUCAACAAUAACUACCACCUAUGUAAGGGGUGGAACCCAAAGCAUUCGAAAUAUAAGAGAUGCUUCAGGCCAAAUAAUUGAACAAUACACACAAGAAUUUCAAGGUGAACCUCAUACUCAUGUAACAAGAACAGAAGAGACACAUGAAAUAUCUGGAGGAACUGAGACAAUCAUUACUACAGAAACAACGACUGAAUACGAAGAAUCUACAACACAAACAUCUA